GUCCCUGCCUGUGCUCCUGUAUGCUUGAUUAAGGAGUCUCAGAGAGCUAGAAAUGCCUGGAUGAAAUCCAGCAACACCCAGUGCAAUCCUCAUGAGCCGUGGGUCAUUCUCACCCAAGCAAACACCAGCAUCAAGUCAGACAGCAACUUUUAAAAUUAUACACGAGCCAUGCAAAAAAAGGCGUUAAACUUACAUUAACCACUCACUGCUCUGAAACUUCCAAUUAAGGCUGUCAAAAAAAAACCAGCCUUAAUUAUUGUUUUAAUAUACGUGUUGUUAAUUACACUUCCCAUGCUCCUUUCCCAGGAAUAUACGGCACAGGACCAACAGCGCUCUCCUAAACCAAAGCACUUGGUCUCUUCCCUGCUCCUGCACCAUCCUGCCUCGCUCGGUCCUUCCCCCGAGCUAAAAACCUCCCCGUUUCCUCUCUUUUCUCGCGGGGUUUAUCCCAACGGGAGCCCUUCCCCAGCAGCGAGGUACUUCCGCAGCCUCCUUCAGCAGAUUUUACCUCAGCACAGGGCAGGCAGCGAGCGGGCGCUGCCCCUUGGGUUUAACCACGAGUGUCAGCUCCUCGGAGGAGGCGUUUUGCGGGGACGCGGGCUAGCUCUGCGGGCACCACGUCCAAGACCGCUUCGCCCGCUCCCUAUGGAAGCCUUACUGAAGGGAAUAUAUGGGCUGCAGGCUCCGCUUUGCCCAUAAGAAGAGGAGAUGCCCAGCUGUGCGGGAUAAGGGGCGGUAAUGGGCGGUAAUGGCGACUCGUUGCUUUCCCGCCCCUCAGCGCGGCGGCUGUUACCGUAGAGCGGCGGAAGCGGAAGGGUGUGAGCGCGGCGCGGCGGGAGGAGGCAGGCGGCAUGGCGGCCGUGGUGCUGAGCGAGCCGGAGAAGCUCUACAUCGUGCAUGGCGUACAGGAGGAUCUUCGUGUAGAUGGUCGUGGCUGUGAAGACUACAGAUGUGCAGAAGUAGAAACAGAUGUUGUAUCAAACACAAGCGGAUCUGCAAGAGUAAGGCUGGGAAACACAGAUAUCUUGGUAGGAGUAAAAGCUGAAAUGGGGACACCAAAGAUAGAGAAACCAGAUGAAGGCUACCUGGAAUUCUGUGUUGACUGUUCUGCAAAUGCUACUCCUGAAUUUGAAGGCCGGGGAGGAGAAGAACUUGGCACAGAGAUAGCAAGUACAUUCUACACAGUAUUUAGCAGCGGGAACAGUGUAGACUUGAAAUCGCUUUGUAUUAAUCCCAGAGAGCACUGCUGGGUUCUCUAUGUUGAUGUGUUGUUAUUGGUAUGUGGUGGGAACCUCUUUGAUGCAAUCUCUAUCGCAGUGAAGGCAGCUCUCUUUAACACAAGAAUACCCAAAGUGCGUGUUCUGGAGGACGAAGAAGGCUCUAAAGAGAUUGAGCUGUCUGAUGACCCUUACGAUUGCAUUCGACUUAAUGUGGAGAAUGUGCCCUUAAUUGUCACAUUAAGCAAAAUUGGCUAUAGGCAUGUGGUGGAUGCUACCCUUGAGGAAGAAGCCUGUUCUUUGGCCAGCCUGCUUAUUUCUGUGACCAGUAAAGGUGCCCUGACUUCUAUGAAGAAAGUGGGGAAGGGUAGCCUGGAUCCUGAGAGUAUCUUUGAAAUGAUGGAGACGGGGAAAAAAGUAGGCAAGGCAUUGCACGUGGCGCUUCAGAAGAUUCUGGAUGAAGAAGAGAGUUUGGGGACGUCACGGCAGAAAGUUGGAUUUCUAGGAUGAGUUUUUAUUAAAUGUUCAAAACUGGUUUUAACUGAUGGUCCAAUCUUGUCACUUUGUGUCUAGAAAAAGGCGAUUUUUUUGCUCCAGUACCUUUAUCCUUCUGGCUAAGAGGCUUUUAAAAUGUUCCUAAACAAAGAAAGCCACAGUUCAAUGUGAAUAAGCAAAUCUGAGAUGCUUUUCGUAUGGGUAACUGUUUGCACAGUUACCCAUACAGUUACCCAGAAAAUGCACUGCCAGCAAUUGAUGCAAUUGCCUGGGAAGUGCUUGAGUCUGUUUUCAAGAGUGGCUGGUGUAAGUUCCACUUAAUUCUGUUUCCAUGUGUUCCACCUCUGCAGACCAGCUCCUGUCUUCUAGAGUGUGUAUAGGGUUGUCCUUGGUACAGCACAAGCCAGGUUUUGGGCCUCUUGAGUUUGGUUUUUUGUUUACCAGCCAGAUGAGAACAGCAUUUGGUGGAAUUCUUUCAUCAAAUUAUCUUACUUUGAAUAAAAAGUGGCUAGAUUUUACUAUAAA